UAAGAACAUACAAGGAACUUCCGCGACACAACAAGCGAUGAAGCUGGUAUGCAGCCAGAGCAAUCCAUGUACAGGAAUCACAUUACAAGACAUUAAGCUUACUUACAAAAAAGGAACUCCAGCUACGUCCUACUGUUUCAAUGCUCUUGGGACUAGUCUCGGUGUUAUUCAACCUACCAGUUGUCUAAACCGAUAAAAUCAAAUACUCUUGAAGUAGAUUGUAGUUCUAAUAAAGAUUUAUGUGAAAUAGCAUUCCGGGGUGAAGAUAAGCCAAGUGACGUAUAAUUAAGAACAUACAAGGAACAUCUGCCACAAAACAAGCGAUGAAGCUGGUGUGCAGCAAGAGCAAUCCAUGCACAGAUAUCACAUUACAAGACAUUAAGCUUACUUACAAGAAAGGAACUCCUGCUACUUCCUAUUGUUUCAAUGCUCUUGGGACUAGUCUCGGUGUUAUUCAACCUACUAGCUGUCUAAACCAAUAAAAUCAAAUAUUCUUGGUGUAAAUUUUAUUUGGUGUAAGAUGAAAUGGUAAAAAAAAAAAAAAAAAAUGGUAAAAUAUUGUUACGGGAUUGACUUCUUCCUCUUUUAAGCGUUGUUACCGGUGAAUAUAAGAUUCAUGGAACGAUUAUCCAAAUAGUUUUGUGCCCAAUUGCUUUGGAUAUCAACCGGUUAAGGGUAAAGUACUUGUUUCUAUAACAAAAUUUCUGUGACUACAAAUAUUUUGUUUUCAAUUUUUCAUAUAACUAACAAAGUGAAAGACUUUGACCUGUCACAAUCACAUAGUGCUUACUCUUUUUUGACUUGAUAUGGACAGCAAGUAUAUAAAAAGACAAAUCUAGAAAGCUCGAAUAUUAGGAAGGCUGCCAUGUGCUUUUUAAGUGGCUGUAUAUAGUUUUAGUAAUAUAAUUAAUAGAUUUUGGAAAUUUAAUGGAAUUAAUAAAGAAAACACCACGAAAAAGGAUGGUUCCCAGCUGAAGAUACUGUCACUCUUCACUCCUUUGUCUCUGUGCAUCUUCCUGUCCUUCGUCAAUGGCUUAAGGACUAAAGAUUCUUACAUGUGGGCGUUUUAAAAAAAGCCUUCAGACUUUCAAACACUUCUUCAACAACUCAAGUCAAGCUGUUUACUUUCUCAGAUGCAACUGAUAGUUCAACUACACUCCGCAGAAACCACCUGCCACCUUUUUUCUUAAUCUUCUCUCAUCACAUGGAAGAGAUCUUCAAUUUACAAGAAAGUCGAGGUUUUUCAUUUUCCUGCUGAUUCUUCUAUUACAAAACAAGGGUUGCUGGAAAAGAUCUCACAGACAAAGUUGUCAUUCUUCAAGAUCUUUGCCUAAUUAAAUUACUGUUCUGUUUUAGAUCUUAGUUAGCUAAAAGAACGGUUGUAAUAUAAUGGGUUCUUUGCCUCCUGUAAUGGAGAAUCAACAUAGCUUUCUAGGUAACUCCAUCGAGGUACAAGAGAGUCUCAGAUGCGUUGGUGCUGAGAAUCAUCCAAGAAAGGGAAGACCUUUGGAGAAGCAAGUUAGUUUCCAACAUGGAACCGAAGGAAGAGCAAUGGAGAGGCAGAGAAGCUUGCGUGGGUUCGUUGAGAAACAGAAAAGCUUUCGUGUAGUAAUAGAGAGACAGUUAAGUUUCAUGAACGGUGAGAAGAAGAUGAAGAAGAACGAGUCACCUGGUAAAAGAGGAGACUCUCCUCUCCACAUUGCAGCUCGAACAGGGAACUUAGGAAAGGUGUUGGAAUCGAUUAGAAGUUGCAACGGUGCUGAAGAGUUGAAGGAGUUGCUGUCAAAGCAGAAUCUAGAAGGAGAGACUCCUCUUUACACUGCAGCAGACAAUGGACAUUCAUUAGUUGUUGAAGAGAUGCUGAAGCAUAUGAAUCUUGAAACCGCAUCUAUUGCAGCUAGGAAUGGGUUUGAUCCUUUCCAUGUCGCAGCAAAACAAGGCCAUCUCGAGACAUUGAAGAAACUCUUGGAGACGUUUCCGAACUUAGCCAUGACAACUGAUCUGUUGUGUACAACCGCGUUGCACACGGCUGCUACACAAGGACACAUUGAUGUGGUGAAUCUUCUUUUGAAGACGGAUUCUCAUUUAGCUAAGAUAGCUAAGAACAACGGUAAAACGGCACUUCAUUCUGCUGCGCGGAUGGGGCAUGUUGAGGUUGUCAAGUCUUUGAUAGGUAACGAUGCAAGCAUCGGAUUUAGAACUGACAAAAAGGGACAAACGGCACUUCACAUGGCUGUUAAAGGUAAACAAGAAGGGAUUGUUCUUGAGUUGGUAAGGCCUGAUCCUAAGGUUUUGAGCGUUGAGGAUAAUAAAGGAAACACUCCAUUGCAUAUUGCUACAAAGAAAGGCCGUACUAAGAUAGUGCGAUGUUUGGUAUCAUUUGAUGGAAUCAACCUCAAUGCUCUGAACAAGGCUGGAGAUACUGCACUCGAUAUAGCUGAGAAGAUUGGAAACGCAGAGCUUGUGUUGGUUUUGAAGGAAGCAGGAGCUGCCACAGCUAAAGAUCUUGGGAAGCCUCAGAAUCCAGCUAAACAGCUUAAGCAAACGGUGAGCGACAUUAGACACGAGGUACAAUCUCAGCUCCAACAGUCUCGCCAAACAGGUGCUAGAGUCCAGAGGAUCGCAAAGAGACUCAAGAAGCUUCACAUUAACGGUCUGAACAACGCUAUAAACUCAGCAACAGUUGUAGCUGUCCUAAUAGCAACGGUUGCAUUUGCGGCCAUCUUCACCAUACCUGGACAAUAUGAAGAGGACAGAACAAGAGGACCGUUGGUGUUGGGAGAAGCUAGGAUAGCUAACGAAGCACCGUUCUUGGUCUUCUUUAUAUUCGACAGCUUGGCGCUGUUCAUAUCGUUGGCCGUUGUUGUGGUGCAGACAUCGGUUGUGGUGAUUGAACAGAAGGCGAAGAAGAAGCUUGUGUUUGUGAUCAACAAGCUCAUGUGGUUGGCUUGUUUGUUCAUAUCCAUUGCCUUUGUUUCUCUUUCGUUUAUUGUUGUUGGUAAGGAGGAUAUGUGGCUGGCGAUUUGUGCAACGGUUAUUGGUGGGACGAUCAUGCUGACCACUAUAGGUGCAAUGUGUUACUGUGUGGUCAUGCAUAGGAUUGAGGAAUGUAAGCUGAAACAAAUGAGGAAAGAGAGAAGCAAGUCAAGGUCUUUCUCACUCUCUCAUAUGCCUUCAGAGUCAGAGAUUCUCAAUGGUGAACUCAACAAGAGAAUGUAUGCACUCUGAUGAGACUAACUCAAGUCUCAAAGCAAAUCUACAGUUUGUGACACAAAAUGUAUUUUCUAAAGAAUCAAAGAAUGAAUAAAAAAAAGUGAUUACUUCA